AUGGAAUCGAUCACGACGAAUCCACAAAUCUCUAUCGCUCAUCAACACCCUCGUCAAAUCCCGUUAUCCCCUGGAAAAAUAUCACUACGGAUUCUACCUGCUGAAGCUGCAAUCCAGACCAUGAAGGCAGCCACUCCGAGACCGGAUCAUGUUUCGGCCAACUUCUGGAGAGCUGGAGAACAUCCUAACGAGAUGCUUGCGGCACACCUAACCUCUUACCUUCAAAGGGAAGACCCUCGACCAGCGGAAAACUUACAGAACAAUCCUCUUUCAUAA